GGCUUUGAAUCAGUUUACUCAGCUUGCGUGGCUCGCGCGAAAAUCGCUGAAGACCCUCCUGAACGCCUCAGGACACGUCAAAAACACCUUAGGUGUCAACAUAGAACUCGCGAGGUCAUAAAAUACUGCACUUUGUUUCCAUUCCUCUCCUUUCACAGCCCCAUCUGCACCCCUUUGUAUUGUCUCCUUGCUGGUCUUUUUUGCAGCCAUGCUUGGUCAUCAAUUCGCGUAUUCCACGGCCCCUGUCCGCAAGGUGAAGGAGGUGCAAUUUGGCAUCCUCUCUCCCGAGGAGAUCAAAGCGUACUCUGUGGCUAAGAUUGAAUUCCCUGAAGUCAUGGAUGAAACGACGCAUAAGCUGAAGACAGGUGGCCUGAUGGAUCCUUGCAUGGGUACAAUAGACAGGAACUUCAAGUGCUUGACUUGUGGCGAGGGAAUGUCUGAGUGCCCGGGCCAUUUUGGCCACAUCGAGCUGGCAAGACCUGUCUUUCAUCCAGGGUUCAUUGUGAAAGUAAAGAAGAUUCUGGAGUGUAUCUGUGUCAAUUGUGGAAAGUUGAAGUCGGACUCGACCUUUGCAGACAAAAUCAGGCACGCUCGCGACCCGAAAGUUCGCAUGCAAGUCGUCUGGAAUUAUUGCAAGGGAAAGAUGGUGUGCGAAACCGACGAGCCAAGGGAGGAAACCGACGGUCUCGAGCCUGAAGAGCCCAAGAAAGGCCAUGGAGGUUGCGGUGCUGUCCAGCCGCUUAUCAGAAAAGAGGGCUUGAAGCUCUUCGCUCAAUACAAACGAUCAAAGGACGAAGACGAGGAAGCCAAGUCGCAGCCUGAUAAGCGUCUUUUCCCACCGCAUGAGGUGUAUACUGCGUUGAAGAAGAUUUCCGACUCAGACUUGCACAUCCUCGGCCUCUCCGAUGAAUAUGCGCGUCCAGAAUGGAUGAUCUUGACGGUCUUGCCUGUGCCCCCUCCUCCUGUUCGGCCCAGUAUUGCGGUUGAUGGUGGUGCCAUGAGGAGUGAAGAUGACCUGACGUACAAAUUGGGCGACAUCAUCAAGGCUUCCGCGAACGUCCGUAGGUGCGAGCAGGAGGGUGCGCCUGCGCAUGUUAUCACGGAGUUCGAACAAUUGCUCCAGUUCCACGUCGCGACAUACAUGGACAAUGAUAUCGCGGGCAUUCCGCAAGCACUGCAGAAGUCUGGUCGUCCGGUCAAGGCUAUUCGAGCUCGUCUAAAGGGUAAAGAGGGUCGUCUUCGGGGCAACCUGAUGGGCAAGCGUGUCGACUUCUCUGCGCGUACGGUCAUCACUGGCGAUCCCAAUUUGGAACUGGACGAAGUCGGUGUGCCAAAGAGCAUCGCGAUGAACCUCACGUAUCCAGAGCGAGUGACUCCUUACAACAUUGCGUACUUGCAGGAACUAGUGCGGAAUGGACCCACUGCCUAUCCUGGAGCUCGUUACGUUGUCCGAGACACUGGCGAACGGAUAGACCUCAGGUAUAACAAGCGUGCGGAUGCAUUCCUGCAGUACGGGUGGAUCGUCGAGCGGCAUCUGAAGGAUGGAGACUUCGUGCUAUUCAACCGACAGCCUAGUCUGCACAAAAUGAGUAUGAUGAGCCAUCGUGUGAAGCUCAUGCCGUACUCUACCUUCCGGCUGAACCUCUCCGUGACUCCCCCGUACAACGCCGACUUCGAUGGUGACGAGAUGAACAUGCACGUACCGCAGAGCGAGGAGACGCGUGCGGAGUUGAGCCAGAUUGCAUGGGUACCCAGACAGAUCAUCUCUCCGCAGGCGAACAAGCCAGUCAUGGGAAUCGUGCAGGACACGCUAUGCGGUGUUCGAAAGUUCACUCUCCGUGACACCUUCCUGGACUGGACACAAGUGCAAAACAUCCUCUUGUGGGUUCCCGACUGGGAUGGCUCGGUCCCUAUACCCGCCAUCAUUAAGCCGAAGCCGCUCUGGACUGGAAAGCAGAUCCUUAGCAUGUGCAUUCCCCGUGGUAUCAAUAUCUUCAGGUCACCCGACCCGAAGUCAUCAAAUCCGGUAUUUGAUGAUGGCAUGAACAUCGAGAACGGCGAGAUCAUCUUCGGCGUCGUGGAGAAGAAGACCGUGGGUGCAUCGCAAGGUGGCCUCGUCCACGUGUGCUUCCGUGAGAAGGGCCCCGAGGCGACCAGGACGUUGUUCACAGGUCUCCAGCAGGUGGUCAACUACUGGUUGUUCCAUAAUGGCUUCAGCAUCGGCAUUGGGGAUACGAUCGCUGAUCGAAAGACCAUGGAGCACAUCCAGGAGCAGAUUCAGAUCCGGAAGCAGAAUGUCGCGCAGGCCAUCGAUGACGCGGCGCACGAUCGCUUGAAGCCUGCUCCUGGGAUGACCAUCCGAGAGUCCUUCGAGAGCCGGGUCGAGCGAGAGCUCAACUUGGCACGUGAUCAGAACGGUCAAUAUGCGCAGAAGAAUUUGAAGGAGGACAACAAUGUGAAGCAGAUGGUGGUUGCGGGCUCCAAGGGUUCUUUCAUCAACAUCUCGCAGAUGUCUGUCUGUGUCGGCCAGCAGAUCGUGGAGGGACGGAGGAUACCUUUUGGUUUCCGGCAUCGAACGCUUCCUCACUUCACCAAGGACGAUUUUAGCCCCGAGGCACGAGGUUUCGUAGAGAACUCUUACCUCCGCGGGUUGACCCCACAGGAGUUCUUCUUCCACGCAAUGGCUGGAAGAGAAGGUUUGAUCGAUACAGCCGUCAAGACUGCCGAAACUGGUUAUAUUCAGCGUCGGCUAGUCAAGGCGCUGGAGGAUGUUAUGGUGUGUUACGACGGGACGGUUCGAAACUCACUGGGCGACCUUAUCCAGUUCGUUUAUGGCGAAGACGGCAUGGAUGGCGCUUUCAUCGAACGACAGAACAUCGAGACUUUCGCUCUAAACAAUCGGGAGUUCGAGCACAACUAUCGAGUUGACGUUACGGAUCCAUCGGGCGGUUUCCUCCCUGGUGUUUUGCAGGCUGGGCUUGAUGAUAGCUCGCUGGAGCUUCAGGCGAAGCUGGAUGAGGAGUUCACGCAACUGGUGGAGGAUCGCCGCAAUCUGCGAGAAUUCAUAUUCCGUCGACAGGAUCCCAAUGUUCCUCACUACCUGCCCGUGAACUUGCAGCGCAUCGUGCAGAACGCUAUUCAGAUCUUCCAUAUCGACCGCCGGAAACCUAGCGACCUCGAACCUUCCUACAUCAUUGAUUCCGUGCGAGAACUCGUCAAUCGUUUGGUGGUAGUGAGAGGCAACUCAAAUAUCAGUCGAGAAGCUCAAGAGAAUGCCACGCUUAUGUUUCGCAUGCAUCUCCGCGCCACAUUCGCAGCUCGUAGAGUUUUGGAGAAAUUCCACCUCAAUCGCGAAGCGUUUGAGUGGGUGCUUGGCGAGAUUGAGGCCAAGUUCAAUCAAUCGCUCGCUCAUCCUGGCGAAAUGUGUGGAACGUUGGCAGCCCAGUCGAUAGGAGAGCCGGCGACGCAGAUGACGUUGAAUACUUUCCACUAUGCUGGUGUCUCCAGUAAAAACGUGACGCUUGGUGUCCCUCGUUUGAAGGAGAUCAUCAACGUGGCAAACAACAUCAAGACACCGUCCCUUUCCGUAUAUCUCAAGCCGGAGCUUGCGAAGGACAAGGAUCUUGCCCACAGUGUUCAACAGGAGCUGGCUUACACAUCUCUACGUACAGUCACGGCGGCUGUGGAGAUAUGGUACGAUCCUGACCCGAGCUCUACCAUCAUCGAGGAGGAUGCAGUCUUCGUCGAAUCGUUCUUCGCCAUCCCUGAUGAGGAGGUCGAGCAGAAAUUACACCUCCAGUCUCCUUGGUUACUCCGACUGGAAUUGGAUCGUGCAAAGAUGAUUGACCGGAAAAUGACGAUGUCCUAUGUUGCUGGACGCAUUGCCGAAAGUUUCAAGACCGACUUGUUCGUCAUCUGGAGUGAAGACAAUUCCGAGAAGCUCAUCAUUCGCUGUCGUGUGCUCGGUGGUGCGGACAAGGAUGAAGACGGCAUGGACACCGUUGAGGAGGAUAUCUUCCUGCGGCAAUUGGAGAACACGAUGCUGAACUCCAUCAGCCUGCGCGGAGUUCCUGGAAUACAACGUGUCUUCUUGCUCGAACACGACAAGGUCUUCAUCACGGAGGAGGGAAGCAUCAAGGCGCAACAGGAGAAGGAGUGGGUGCUGGAAACUGAUGGUGUCAACUUGAAGACGGUGAUGUGCAUUGAUGGAGUCGAUUUCACAAGGACAUACUCGAACAGCUGCGUGGAGGUCUUUAAUGUCCUCGGUAUUGAAGCAGCACGCGCAGCAAUCAUGAAGGAGUUGCGCGGUGUCAUCGAAUUCGACGGUUCAUAUGUCAACUACCGACACCUUGCGCUGCUUUGCGAUCUGAUGACACAUCGUGGAACGCUCAUGGCCAUCACACGCCACGGUAUAAAUCGAGCUGACACUGGUGCCCUCAUGAGGAGUUCCUUCGAGGAGACUGUCGAGAUUCUCAUGGAGGCUGCUGCAGUGGGCGAGAGGGACGACUGCCAUGGUAUCGCGGAAAAUGUCAUCUUCGGUCAGAUGGCACCAAUGGGAACCGGAGCGUUCGACGUCGCUCUUGAUAUUGAUAUGCUCAAGGAUGUCAUCGUUGAUCAUCGCCUCCCGGUCCAGAGCAUGAUGGCCGCUCAAGUCGAGGGAGGCAUGACUCCGGGUCAAGUCGCAAUGACCCCAUACGACAGCAAUUCUCCGAUGUGGUCGCAGGAUAUGUCGUUCAAGGGCGAGACUGCCGCAUUCUCCCCUCUUGCCGUUAAUGGUGGCGAGGAUGCGGCGAGCUUCUCCUACCUUGCAUAUGGUCCAAGUCCGAUGGGUGCUGGAAGUAUGUCGCCCGCGGCUCCGGGUUACAGUCCCAGCUCUCCCAACGUUUACUCCCCGACAUCUCCCUACGUGCCUCCGUCGCCGUACGGUGGGGCAACGUCACCUUUCGGCACUUCUCCAUACGCGACGUCGCCGUUCUACGAUCGUGGGCGCGGGCCGACUUCGCCAACGUACUCGCCCACGUCUCCGGCACUGAACCUCACGUCACCAGGAUACUCGCCCACUAGUCCCCGGUAUUCUCCUACGUCGCCAUCAUUCUCCCCCACGUCGCCUCGUUAUAGCCCGCAGUCCCCAUCAUUCAGUCCGACAUCCCCGCGGUACUCCCCUACGAGCCCAUCGUUCAGCCCUGCUUCGCCGCGGUAUUCACCAACCCCUGCGCAAAUGUCCCCGUCGUCUCCGAAAUAUUCCCCGACUUCUCCUGCCUCGCCGACUUCUCCUAAAUAUUGUAAGUUGUACAUACGGCGCAUUGCUGUACAUCUAUACUGAUUUUCUUUUCCUAGCCCCAACGUCACCAGCUUAUUCCCCAGCUUGUAAGUGUCCCAGUCUACAAGAAACAAAAUAUGUG